AUGCUGCCCUAUAGUAAUGGUUCCCUCACAAUUGAAGUCUCUGAGUUCCUCCUAAAUUGUUUUGUCAGGUCCCCCAGCUGGCAGCUCGGGCUGUCCCUGCCCCUCAGCCUCCUCUUCCUCUUGGCCAUGGGGGCCAACACUAUUCUCCUCAUCACCAUCUGGAGGGAGGCCGCUCUGCACGAGCCUGUGUACUACCUGCUCGGACUUCUCUCCCUGCUGGACAUGGUGCUCUGCCUCACGGUCAUCCCCAAGGUCCUGGCCAUCUUCUGGUUUGACCUCAGGUCAAUAAGCUUCUCUGCCUGCUUCCUACAGAUGUUCAUUAUGAAUAACUUCCUGCCCAUGGAGUCCUGCACCUUCAUGGUCAUGGCCUAUGACCGCUAUGUGGCCAUCUGCCACCCACUGAGGUACCCGUCCAUCAUCACUGACCAGUUUAUAGCAAAGGCUGUUGUCUUCAUCUUGGUCCGGAAUACAUUUUUUACUGCACCUAUUCCCAUCCUCUCUGCCCAGCUCCUUUAUUGUGGAGAAAAUAUAAUUGAAAACUGUAUCUGUGCCAACCUCUCUGUGUCCAAGCUCUCCUGUGAUAAUGUUGCCCUUAACAAAAUCUACCAAUUAAUUGUGGCCUGGACUCUUCUGGGAUCUGAUCUCAUCCUUAUUUUCCUCUCCUACACCUUCAUCCUCCAAGCUGUUCUUAGACUCAAGGCCAAAGGGGCAACUGCCAAAGCCCUGAGCACAUGUGGCUCUCACUUUAUUCUCAUCCUUUUCUUCAGCACCAUCCUGCUGGUUUUUGUUUUUACCCAUAUGGCCAAGAAAAAGAUUUCUCCGGAUAUCCCUGUCUUACUUAAUGUCCUGCACCAUGUGAUUCCUGCAGUUCUCAACCCUAUUGUCUAUGGGGUACGAACCCAGGAAAUUAAAAAGGGAAUUUGGAAAUUUUUGAGGCGGGGUGGAUGA